AUGGUUGGAGGCCGUGUUGGGCACAGCCACCAUGGAAUGCUGGAGUUUUUGAUUCUGGGCGAAGUCAGGAGAGGGGUCAGCAGAAGGGCUCCCUUGGACUGCCCGAGGGCAGGCUUGGGCCAGUUCAGGAGCCUGAUCUCCAGAGUCCCCUGGGAGGCCAUCCUGAAGGGCGAAGGAGUCCAGGAAGGCUUCAAGAAGACAAUCUUCAAUGCGCAGGAGCGGGCCGUCCCCAUGUGCCAAAAGAUGAGCCGGCAGGGAAGAAGAGCGGCCUGGCUGAACAGAGAGCUUUGGCUGCAAGGGCAGGACUUUGCACCCGUGGAGCUCCGGGAGGUUCCUGCUGGCCCAUUUCCCCAGCCCAGCCAGGCCCCUCUGGACACCAGCACACCCACCGGGCUGCCAGCACUGCGGUGGGAGCACGCAGUUGCGCUCCUGGCGUACACCCUGCCGGGCCCCCUGUACCAGGCGUUCAACGCCGCCGUGCGCGAGGCCGGGCGCUCCCGCGAGGAAUACCUGAACAACUUCCACUUCAAGGUGCUGCAUUUCCUCCUGAGCGAGGCCCUGCGUGCCCUGCGAGAUGCCCGGCCCCCACGCUGCCACCACGUCUACCGGGGUGUCCAGGGCAUCCGCUUCACUGCCCAGCACCACCAGUCCGUCCGCUUUGGCCAGUUCACCUCCACCUCCCUCCGCAACGAGAGCAUCCAGUCCUUUGGCCAGGACUCCACCUUCAGGGUGGAGACCUGCUACGGUGUCCCCAUCAGGAACUUCUCCUUCUUCCCCAAGGAGGAGGAGGUCCUCAUCCCACCCUUUGAAGUCUUCAAAGUCACCAACGUCACCCGUGAUGGGGACAGACCCAUCAUCCACCUCCGCUCCCAGAACACGAGCAGCACCUACAACUGCGAGCUGGUGAAAGGUGACGUCCCCAGGGCAUGGUCCCUCCCCACCGCUGGGAUGCAGGGGCUGGGGGGCAGUGUGGCGUGGCACAGCGUGGCACAGCACGGCACGGCAUGGCAUGGCACGAGAUAUUGUGGCAUGGCACAGCCCGGCACGGCAUGGGAUGGUGCGGGACAGUAUGGCAUGGCACAGCACAGUGCAGCACGGCAUGGCACAGUGGGGGACAGCAUGGCAUGGCAUGGCAUGGGACAGCGUGGCGUGGCACAGCGUGGCACAGCACGGCACGGCACGGCAUGAGAUAGCGUGGCAUGGCACAGCCCGGCAGGGUACGGCACAGUGCAGCACAGCAUGGCGUGGCACAGGACGGCACGGCACGGCAUGGCAUGGUGUGGCACUGUGCAGCACAGAAUAGCAUAACACAGCGUGGCACAGCCCGGCACGGCAUGGCACGGCACAGCGUGGCACGGCACAGCGUGGCACA